AUGGAAUUAUCAAGCAGACCCAUCGCCAGUUCGCACAGCCUGCCAAAAAGACCAUGGCGAGUCAACGUGACCGACUUUCAGAGAAUCGUCGCCUAUCCAUAUCGUGGUAGUGGCACAACCGAUGAUCCAUACAUUGUCGAAUGGCUUGAAAACGACCCCGAGAAUCCCAAAGACUACAGCGAGACUCUGAGAUGGAGCGUGACGGCGUUGAUAGCGACAAUGACACUCUGCGUUGCACUUGCAUCGUCAGCAUAUUCCGGCUCAAUUGGAUCUCUGCUUGAACAAUUCCAGUGCAGUGAAGAAGUGAUAAUUCUGGGAUUAUCUCUUAUGGUUCUAGGAUACGCCGCUGGACCGCUGCUGUGGGCUCCUAUCUCCGAGUCAGCUGGACGUCGCAAUAUAUUUCUUCUUUCAUACGCCGGAUAUACCAUAUUCACAGCGGCUUGUUGUGCUUCGCAAAAUGUCUGGACUUUGAUUAUUCUCCGGUUCUUCACUGGUUUAUUCGGAUCCAGCGCCUUGUGCAUUCCUGGUGGACAAAUUGCCGACAUGUUCUCAGCAGAGCUUCGUGGUCUGGGAAUCGGUGUCUUUUGCCUUGCUCCAUUUAUUGGACCAGCGCUCGGUCCUAUAAUCGGCGGAUUUUUGGGCGAUGCAGGGGGUUGGCGCUGGGUGAUGGGCUUGCUGGGCAUCUUUGCGGCUUUGUUGACGCUUCUAGCAUUCAUCUUUAUGCCCGAGACAUAUGCCCCUGCGCUGCUGAGAGCAAGAGCUCAACGCCUUUCGCAAGCUACCUCCAAAGUCUACCUGACCACUCAAGAUGCUGAAAAUCCGAUCGACUUCAAGACCUUGGUGAAGCAUGCGCUUUUACGACCAUGGGUUUUACUCUUUCGUGAACCCAUUGUUCUAAGCCUCACGGUCUACAUGUCUGCAGUCUAUGGCACUCUGUACCUAUGCUUCGCCGCGUUCCCAAUUGUGUUUCAAGAGAAACGAGGCUGGAGCGCUGGUAUCGGUGGCCUAGGAUUUACCGGAGUUUUGAUCGGUUUACUGGUCGGAAUCCUCAUAAUCUGCUGGGAUAACAAGCGAUAUGUCCGGAUAUAUCGAGAAACGGGUGGUUUCGCUCCACCUGAGUGUCGUUUACCCGCCGUUAUUGCGGGAGGAAUUUCAAUUGUCGUUGGUCUUGCCUGGUUUGCAGCGACGAACUCUCCCAGCGUGCAUUGGAUCGUUCCUAUUCUGGCUGGAGCACCAUUUGGAGCUGGGUUUGUGCUGGUAUUUAUAUGUUGUGCCAAUUACCUAAUCGAUGCAUAUGUGAUCUUCGCAGCUUCAGUCCUCGCAGCCAACUCGGUGAUGCGGUCUCUCUUUGCUUGCGUCUUUCCACUGUUCACGACUUAUAUGUUUAACGAUAUUGGAAUCCACUGGGGCGCCGCAGUCCCCGGUUUUAUCGCCCUUGGAUGUUUGCCGUUUCCUGUCCUGUUCUACCUGUACGGUGCCAAGAUUAGGGCUCGGUGCAAAUAUGCUUCGCAGGCAGCAGAAAAUUUAAAGGGAACAAAGACGCAACUAGGACAUCAAGACUCUACUGAAUUUGAGGACAACAUGGCAGGCAAAGUCUGA